AUGGCGAAUGUCAGAACAGUUCGUGGGCGACAUUCGGAUAACUCCAGGUCGAAGCGUCAGCAACGGUUAUGGCGAGGACUUCGAUUGAUGUUUGGUGCAUUCGAAUACUGUCAUGAAUGUGAUGCGGACAUCUCUCUUCUAAUUCGAUUGAAAGACACGGGCCAAAUCUAUAUCUUCAAUUCUGAUAGACAGUGGCAGCCAUCCAAAGAGCAAUUAGCAGGUUACUACCCCAAGCCGAAACAAGUGACUUGGGAAGAACUCGCCUCUAAAUACCGAGUCUGA